AACUGACAUGAAAAGGUGGUUUUGGGGUGAGCGACUUAUAAUUUCUUUUGUUUCCUAUGGAAAUCUAUUUUUAAUUGUUUACGUUUUUGUGGUACCAUUUUAAUAAUGGCUUUUUACACUGGUUAAUAUGACUCCAUGCAAGGUUCUAUCAAUCGAAUCAAUCGACUUUUUCAUACUAAAUGUUUUUUUGUAUCAGUUAAGGUAAAAAUUCAUGAUAUUCCACAGAUAAAGUUAUCAUUCAAUUACAAGGUCACGUUUUAUAUUUCAUUAGAUGUUUAAAAAAGCUUUAUUCUACCUACAAAGGAUUGCGGUUAGAAAAGAUUAUCAUGCUGUGUUAUUUUUACAUAUCCAAAAGCAGAGAAACUUUUGUGAUUAUGUUGUCAAAUACUUGUGUAGUGCAAAAACAUUUCGCUAUUGCAAAGUCUGCCCGUGCUUGAGAACGUUCAGUUGUGAUCAAGGCAACGAUAUGACAUCUGAAAGAUCUCUUCUUGAACAGAAGCAUGAAGAAUAUCAGAAAAGCAUAAAACACAUGGAAGAUUUUCUUACUUCAGUAGGGAUAUCUGGAGAAAAAGGGCUUUGGAUUUUUGGAUAUGGUUCUUUGUUAUGGAAAGUUAAUUUUAAGUAUGAUAUGGAAAAGAUAGGGUAUAUAAAAGGAUACGUUAGAAGAUUUUGGCAAGGAAGCACAGAUCACAGAGGAACGCCAGAGAAGCCUGGAAGGGUAGCAACUAUCGUACCAGCGAAAGACAGCAACCAAUCUUUAUGGGGUAUAGCCUAUCAUAUUCCACCAAUUCAUGCGGAGGAAACACUUAAUGUUUUAAACUUUCGGGAGAAAGGAGGGUACUCGUUGAAAAAAGUUGAGUUACUGACAGCUGAUACGCCAUCACAAUCGAUAGAAGUUCUUCUAUAUGUCGCAAAUGAAGGGAACAGCGACUAUGGAGGUGAUCAUGAUCUAAGACAUAUCGCGUUGCAGAUAGCACAAGCAGUUGGACCUAGUGGCCCAAAUAGAGAAUAUUUAUUUAAUCUAGCAGAAGUGCUACGUCGAAAGAACUUAGCUUCAAGUGACGACGCCCAACAUGCUUUAGAAUUAGAAAAGAUGGUCAAAUCUAUUUUGCAUAAUAAUGAAAAGUAAAUGGUACGAAAUAUAAAAUGUUGAAAUUCGAUAUAACCUAGGAGGCUUGUAAAGGAGGCAAGACAUAUCCUAUCAGAUUGGAAAUAACACACUUCCUGUGUUUGUCUUUAGUGCAAAAGUAACGCAAGUUAAUGAUUAAGCCUAUCCGAGAUUAACCCAUUUCAGCAGCCCACUCCAGACUUAGCCUAAUACAUUAAUGUUAUACAUUUAUUAACUUUGGUAUCAGUGUUUUUUGUCCUAGCCAAUGUUAUUGUUUCUUUCGUGUUA